UCUUGAAGGUUCCUAAGUCGUAUCGGUUCGGUAAAUUCGCUGGUGGUAAUUGAUUCCACAAAGAAGUUGUGCGAGGGAGAAAACUUCUUCUAAAUCGCACAGUGGUGGACCGCCAAUCAUCCAGAUGGUAUGGAUGGUAACACUUUCUUGAUUGUCUAUCUAUGUGUCGUUCCGGGUGGAAUUUAGUAAUUGAUUUUAAACUAACUUCCUGAUGAGCUGGAAACUUAAAAUUCUUAAUACAGCUCAAAUUCGGAUGACAAUGCAAAAAUAUAAUAAAAAAAGUAGUAUAUUAAAAGAAAAUAAUAUUAUAUAUUUUUUGAAUUUUACUUCUUUAUAUAAAGAGAUGAAAACGGUUACGGUAAAAAAAAAUAAGAUAAAUAAUAAAGAUGUGUUGUUUCGACCGGGGAAGGACCACGCUCUCACAUAAUACCAGCGUGAAAUAGCAGCUUAUUGCUGCUGUGUUUCAUAUGGUAAAGGACGGUAACUUUAGACCCAUUAUACUGGUGUGUCUAUAUGGUGGUGUAUUCCAUCUUAGUCAUCAAGAGUGAUUUCACUUGAUUCCUUAAUUGAGAAUAUGGUGCGUAUAGGCCACAGCUUCCACUCACCUUCAGAUGGACUGUAUGCUCGUUUGUCACACAUAAUGUGUAAAGAAAAACUGGUGUUGUAACUACAAAGCCGAAAAUCGAUAGUAAUCAAAAAAAUUGUUUAAAAGAGUCGUGGUAGCUCUGAAGUUAAGCGCUCGCUGUAAAUUUCACAGUAGAGCAACCCAGGUUCGAUCCCCGCCGGCACCAAUGGAAUUGUUAAUUGCAAUUUUAAGUGCUAUGUUCGCCAACGCACAUUGGGGCAGCAUGGCGGACACUUGCCCAAAAACCCUCUCUGAAAUGACAGGAGGCCUGUGUCCAGCUGUGGGACGUAUAUACGCUGUAACUUUAACUUUAACAAAAUUUCUUACCACCAGGGAGGAGGGCAACAAUUAUAUCAAGAUGGGGUCUAUCAACGCGCUAUUCGUGUUGGGACGCACCAUUGGCCUGGUGGGACACUACCUCGACCAAAAGCGCAUGAAGCAGCCCCUAUAUCGCCACCCCUGGGACGACAUUACCUACAUGUCGCCACUCAACUAGAUCUGCCGUGGUUAGGAGUGACAGCGAAACUUUUGUGUUGCCCCUUUCUGACUUGGAUAUAACCAAUUUGAACCUUGUUUUUCAGACAGUAAAGCUCUUUGCUGUCGUGACUUUGUUCAAAGCUCAAAUGUUGUGUACUUUGGAAUCACAAUAAAGUUAAUAGAAAAUUCUGCAAAACGCUGUGAUUAACGCAAAAGUUUUGUUGUCACCGUAAGCUAGAUGGCGCUGUUCAGUUCGAGUAUCGCCAAAUGUGACGAUAAAUAACAUAUUUUUAAUAAAAAUAUUUACAUUACUAAAAAAAAUCUUCUCAUAUGAUAUAUCUUUAAAAUGCACAAUAUAUAAUAUAUAAAGGCUUGUAUUUGAACAGCGCCAUCUGUCGGUGAAUUCGUGUAAAAUGUAUUAAUAUAAGUAGAAAAUCACAUUCGCUUGGGGAACAAGUCUUAUUAGUUUAUACCGAAACAUAUUCUGUUGUGGUUGUGUAAGAAAGAAGUGUGUAAGACGCAGGUGCAAAAUAUCCGCCAUUUUCGUAUAGUUAUGAGUUAUGACGCAGUUAUAUUUCUAUCAAUAUAUUUUGUAAAUAUAUAAAAUAUAUUGACUUAUAAAAUAUAUUUCUAACCUAACACAAGGCACUAAGAAACUAGAAAACUAAUCUUUGAAACGCUUAAAUUAAGAUAUUUUUAUAACUUACCACAACUUUAAAGUCGAAAGCUUAUUGCGCUCAAGUAAACAUAAAAGAAUUAAAAGCAAUAAUAGAAAAUAUUUUGAAAACAUAUGAAGUUCGCAAUACCUAUUGGGGCAACGCGGUGGACAAUUCCUUGCGUGGUGCCGUGACACUUUCCUUUAAACCGAAUUUAAAUCUAUAAUAAAGUCAUUUUAAUUUAAUAGGUUGAAGUUUCUGUCUACCCUCAAAAGCCAUUUAAGUGUUUGCGCCUGCACACACAUACUUCUUCCAUUGCAUUCCUCUUGGGCAUAGGAUUUCGGAGCAUACUUCUAGAAGUUGAACAUUAAGCACCAUCUGUAUCUCCUUCUUUUUUAUUUCUAUAGCUAUCUUCUUCUAGAAGUAUGCACCGAAUAUAAUAAUGAAUGGUUGUUAAUAGCGACAAAUUAAUAAUAAUUGUUACAAGGUCACAAUUUUAAUCUCUAGACAUUUCUGUGUUGUAUAAUUUUACAUUAGGUAUUUAAGGGUGUGUAGUGCUGUUGGAUAUCUGACCGCUUAUUCUUGGCAUUUGCUGACUUCGGGUACAUAUGUGUUAUUUUUAUUGUAGUCACACUGAUGAGAUAUUUUUGACAAGCAUGUGUAUGCAAUUUUUGAUAUUAUAACACUCGUAGUUUUUGACUGUUGUAGUGGCAACAAAGACUGGAAAUGUCUGUAAAUGUGUAAAUAUCCACUUGAUAAACCGUUAACGAUUCCAAUUGACUUAUAAAAAGUGAUUUAAUUAUUUUUUAACUGGCAACACAUGUAUAUUUAUUGCAUCCUCUUGAGAUUUCGCUUUGUGAAAUUCCAAAUAAAUAACCUAAAAUAAUAACAAGUAGUUAAAAGAUAUAUUUUAUAUAGUAGUAUAAGUAAAUGUCUGAAAAAAAUGUAUCCCUUUGCCUUUAAGCUUAAGUGCUAUAGAAACACACAGAUUACUGUACAGAGAAAAUAAUGUUUUUCAUAAUUUAUCAUACAUAUUUAUAAGUAAUAUAUAAAAAAUAUAUAAUUUUUGAAAAUGUAUUUUUCCUGCAAAAAAAUCUCUUCGACAGUAAUUGUCAAUGUGGUAUUUGUAAGAAAGAGAUAGCUGCACAACAACCAAACCUCUGCUGUUUAUACUUUUGGUUUUGCUGUAAAUUAAACGUAGAUUUUUCUAUAAAAUAAAAAAUAAAAAUUUAGCACGUUUGUAUAGAGUGCACUUGUUCUGUAUUCUUAAAAAAAAAUAGCCUAUGCAACUUAAUUAUUACAAAACACGAAAUAAAAUGGCCGUCUUAAAGUUCAUAUUAUAUUCAUUACAUUAUGCUCUCUUAUACAAAUAACGUGGGUAAACACGAUUCUCGUGAUUGUUGGUACUUGCUAUUUGUAAGCAAUUUACAACUUUACGUGUCACGUAUAAGGUUCAGUUUACCUCUAAUAUUGCUAUUCUCACUAUACAUUUAAGCCUUUAUUGGUCUAACUAUAGUUUCCAUUUCAUGAUAUUAUUAUAUAUUAUGUAGAUUGUACGUUCAUAACUGGUAAUUGAAUUCCUUAACACCUGUUUGUUAUAUUGUUAUUAUUUUAGGAUUUGUCUUUUUAUUCUAUUUGACGAUGAAGUUUUGACUUUGGUCGUUGGUAGCCGUGCACAUACACGUUGUGUUAGUGUGCGUAAGCCUCGCGCGUUCAGUCACGAUCGCGAGUCGAACAAAUCGCAGUUACACACACAAACGCGCCUGUCGGUACACGUCACUACUACAAUCAAGGCGAAACCUUUAUCGUGAAAUAACUACCCGUUUAACUGUUAAAUCUGUCAAAAGUGACAUCAAGAGUAAGCAUAAUACCGCCGCUAGAGAGAUGCCAGCUACGUAAAUUAGUUUCUUAAGUUAUUUUUGUCUAAUCUCUAAUUUAUUGGUAUAUUUGUGAAAAUGGUUGGUAUCUGUAAAUAUUGAAAAUUUGUCAACUUAUUUGAAUAUAUUUUUUUAUUUACUACCC